AUGUCCAAAUUACUUCACGAAGGCGAACUCCUAAAAGUCGCCCUAUUUAAUUUGGAUUUCACAAAUGCGCGCGUGUUAGAAACAUGCAUGCUUUUUUCGGAAAGACAGAAAAAGCAUGACAUGCAGUUCUAUGCGAUCUUGGGAUUCUUGAUGGAAAAACACCAUCUCAAGUAUGCCAAGAAAAUCAAACAGAGCUUGUCGGCAGAUGUCAAAUUCUUCGGCAAUCUGAAAGAGCGUCGUGAUUUCCGCAAGGCUGUCCUAGCUUAUCUAAAAAAUACAAAAGAUGAUAAGCUGCAGUUUAAAGCGAAUUUGUAUGACAGACCUUAUGGGGAAGAUGUUUUCAAGCUGUUCCAUACGUUCAUCAACUCCAUAUUGACUCCAGAGCCGUUUCCGAUGGUCAUACUAAAAGUAGACCAGGCGAUGAUCGCAUCGAUCGAGAACGAUCAUCUAAAGACGCUUGUCAUUGAUGUGAGCAAAUUCGCCCAUCCGAUCUGUGAGUGCGAUGUCAGUAACAAGUUGAAAACGCUACGACAAGAGCUUAUUGCACUUGAUGAUCGAGCGAAUUCACUUGAAUUCCAACCGCUGACGCUAGCUGAGAAAAAAAGAAUAACAGAGUGCUAUUCUAUUCUCAGUAGCUCAUUGAUUGAACAGGAUGUUGAAGAAAUGACCAUGAGAAUUUUAGAACGGAACGCCAAUAUUGAGAUCGUGGGCAUUGUAGAACAGCUAGUCGGUUUACGUCCUUUCUUUGAACGUCCUUGCAAUGUUGAGGAGAGGAUCGGAUCCCUAAAUGAUCUGUUCAAUCAAAUGGAGGAUGAUUUUUCGGCGAGCGAAGAGAUUACCUCUAAGAACGCAGCAAAUGAUUCCUCGGGUAUCCAUGAAUUCGCUGAUAUCAUGAAAACGAUCAACGGCGGCAUAAGUGACUCACUCACGAUAGAGAACGAAAAUAAAGUCGAAAAGAUCAAGACUCGAGCAUCUCCUCGUCCCAAAAAUCGAAGGACAUGUCACGAAGUUCAGAACCUUCUUCACAAAACAUUCCGCCGUGAAGUCGGUUCUCGCACCGUCACAUCGUUUUCAACGACCUCUUUGGCCGACGAAAGCUCUGUGUCGAAUUUCACCAUUGCUCCAACAAAGGAGCCAUCCGUUGGAUAUUUCAACCCUUUUGAAUAA